CCCUAACAUUUUAAGCCUUGAGUAGAAAUCAAAGGGGAGAAGAAUUGCGCGCGGUUGCAAGAAAUAAGGGUUUGUUUUUACGACAGUAUUUGGACUAGUUACGGCAGCCAUAGGUCAGCGAGAUCGUGUACUGAACGUUUCGGUAAAAAGAUGCCUCGCGAAACCAGGCACUAUCGGAAGCGAUCUCGCUCCUCGAGUGGGUCCCCCUCCCCGUCCAAGUCACCUGUUCCGACAAAAAGUGAGGAGAAGAGCAAACGGAAGAAGGACAAGGAACGGUCAAAGAGCAGACGGUCCAGGUCCCGCAGCCGAGACAGGAAGUCUUCCCGCUCACCUGGCAGAGAUGGCAAGUCACGCAAGAAGUCAAGAUCUCCAAGCAGAGGUGACAAGGAAGCAAAGUCACCCCCCAAGGAGCACAGGGCUGCCAAAUGGCCGAGGUCCCCCUCCAGGAGAAGACGUAGAAGUUCAGGGUCACCAGGCACAUCAAGGUCACGGAGAAAGUCCAGAUCUCCCAGCUUUGAGCGGAAGCGCACACCAGUGAAGGUCAAAGAAGAAAAGAAAUCCCCAAGAAGGUCACAGAGUAAAGAAAGGAAGAAGUCUUCCUCCCCUUCUGCUGCCAUGGUAACGAAGUCACGAUCCAAGUCACCGGCCGCAGAUGAGAAGGCUUCCUCUCGUUCACCCAGUCCACAGAAGACGCGAUCUAAAUCUCCUCGUAAGAAAUCUCGCUCCAAGUCUCCUGUAAAAAGUAAAAAAUCACGCACGCCAUCGCCUGACGGCACAAAGAAGUCACGAUCAAGAUCGCCAGGGAAGAGGAAGAGGUCAACCUCCCCGGUCGGUAGGAAGAAGCGGUCCAAGAGUCGGUCCCCAUCUCCCGCUGUCCGAAGGAAGAGGUCACGGUCAAGGUCACGCGACAGGGACAGGAAAAGAAGCAGACUGGGUAAGAAGUCCCCCCCCAAAGUCAUCUCCCUGCGUGACCUGAGGCGCUCCCGCAGCAGGAGUCCCCUCCGCAGGAGACUCAGCCCGAUCCGCCGCAGUCCCCGCAGACGCAGGAGCCGCAGUCGCAGCAAGGGUCGGAGGUCGCCCAUCAGAAGACGGUCUCGCAGUCCUCGCCACAAGUCCCGCCACUCUCGCUCCCGUUCUCGAUCCAAGUCACCCAAGAAGGAAGAGAAAGUGAAGGAAGAGAAAGAGGAGGUCCUAGACAAGGAUGCAGAGCAGAAACGUCUGGAGGAGGAGAUGAUCCGUCGGCGUGAGCGGGUGGAGAAGUGGAGACAGGAGAGGAAGAAGCAGGAGGAUCUGCAGCGGGCACAGGAGGCAGCGCAGGAGGAGGCUGCUAAGAUUGGUAAGAAGUGGAGUCUUGAAGAUGAUGAGGAUGACAGUGAAGAAGAUGAGCAGCCCAUGGAGACCAACGAUGAUGACGAUGAUGAUGAUGAUGAUGAUGAUGAAGCCGCCAAGGUGAAGAAGGAGGCUGAAGAUGAUGAUGAUGAGAUCGACCCCCUGGAUGCCUUCAUGAAUGACAUCAAAGAGGAGGUGAAGCAGAUAAACAAGAAGGACCAGGAGCGGGUCGGGAAGGUCUACAGCUCUGACACAACCAAUGGAUCACAGGAUGAAGAAGACACGCCCCUCCCCCCGGCACUGCGACAGGACGCCACCGGGAGCCAUGCCAACAAACAAAUGGAGACAAAGGGAAAGGUGACGGUGAUCACAGCCGUGGCGAAGAAGACGGGGAAGAGGGAAGCCAGGGGAGAGCUGAUCGAACAGAACCAGGACGCGCUGGAGUGGUCCUCUGAGGAGGAGGAGGAGGAUCUCGGGCAGACUCUCUCUAGUUUCCAGUCAAAGGCCAAGAAGCUGCUGGCCAGUGUGGACCACACCCAGAUAGAGUACGACCCCUUCAGGAAGGACUUCUAUGUGGAGGUGCCGGAACUGCAGAAGCUCAGCGAGGACGAGGUCAAGGGCAUGAGAGCUGAGAUGGAGGAUGUCAGGGUAAAAGGGAAGGGCUGCCCUAAGCCCGUCCUCCAUUGGGUACAGAGUGGCGUCUCCAAGAAGGUUCUGGCAUGUCUUAAGAAACACGGCUUUGAGAAGCCGACGCCCAUCCAGGCCCAGGCCAUCCCUGUGAUCAUGUCGGGGCGAGACAUGAUUGGCAUCGCGAAGACGGGCAGCGGGAAGACGCUCGCUUUCCUCAUCCCCAUGUUCCGCCACAUCCUGGACCAGCGGCCACUGGAGGACACUGAGGGACCCAUAGGGGUGAUUAUGACACCAACCAGAGAACUGGCCCUGCAGAUCACCAAGGAGUGUAAGAAGUUCACUCGACACAUGAACCUGAAGGUGGUGUGUGUGUACGGAGGGACCGGCAUCAGCGAACAGAUUGCUGAGUUGAAGAGAGGUGCAGAGAUCAUCAUCUGUACCCCUGGGCGCAUGAUCGACAUGCUGGCAGCCAACAAUGGCCGAGUCACGAACCUCCGCCGCUGUACAUAUCUGGUGUUGGACGAGGCUGACAGAAUGUUUGACAUGGGAUUUGAACCACAGGUGAUGCACAUAGUGAACAGCGUCCGUCCGGACAGACAGACCGUGAUGUUUUCUGCCACGUUUCCUCGCAACAUGGAGGCGCUCGCUCGCAAGGUCCUGCAGAAACCCAUCGAGGUACAGGUCGGAGGUCGCAGCGUGGUCUGCAGUGAUGUGGAGCAGCAUGUGAUUGUUCUUGAGGAGGAGCAGAAGUUCUUUAAGUUGCUGGAGCUGCUUGGGAACUACCAGGAGAAGGGAAGUGUGCUGGUGUUUGUGGAGAGACAGGAGGUGGCAGACACCCUGCUCAAGGACCUGCUGAAGGCAGCGUACUCCUGUCUGUCACUACACGGAGGUAUUGACCAGUAUGACAGAGACAGUAUCAUCAAUGACUUUAAGUCUGGCAACAUUCGACUCCUGGUGGCGACGUCGGUGGCAGCUCGAGGCCUGGACGUCAAACAGCUUAUCCUAGUCAUCAACUACGACUGCCCAAACCACUACGAGGACUACGUACACAGAGUGGGACGGACAGGCAGAGCAGGGAACAAGGGUUAUGCCUACACGUUCAUAACAGAAGACCAGGGCCGGUACGCCGGAGAUGUCAUCAAAGCGCUGGAGCUGUCAGAGAGACCCGUGCCGGAGGAGGUGCUCAACCUGUGGACCGAGUACGUCAACAGACAAAAAGCUGAAGGAAAGGCAGUGAAGAAGACCAGUGGUUUUACCGGGAAGGGCUUCAAGUUUGAUGAGACAGAACAGGCGCUGGCGGACGAGAGGAGAAAACUGCAGAAGGCUGCGCUGGGUCUGCAGGACUCAGAUGAGGAGGAUGCAGCUGUAGAUAUUGACCAGCAGAUCGAGGACAUGUUUGCAUCCAAGAAGCGAGUUAAGGACGUGACAGCGCCGGUUGCCAAUGUCCAGACUACCAGCCAACCACUGGAGCUGACCAAGACCACUGCCGAGAAACUGGAGCUGGCCAAACGACUGGCCACACGCAUCAACAUGCAGAGGAACCUGGGAGACCAAGCACAGGAUGUUGUGCAGCAGGCUGCCUCCGCUGUGAUGAAGGGAGAGAUCCUUGCAGCACCAGCUGUGUCUGCCAAGACUAUAGCAGAACAGAUGGCUGACCGUAUCAAUGCCAAACUGGGCUACACUCCCCAGGCCAGUGAGGACACCCAGGAGGAGCAGACAAAUGUGGAGACCUUCAAACGCUACGAAGAGGAGCUGGAAAUCAACGACUUCCCUCAGACUGUACGAUGGAAGGUCACAUCAAAGGAGGCGCUAGCUCACAUCCAGGAGUACUCAGAAGCUGGCAUCACUGUCCGUGGUACAUACUUCCCUCCUGGUAAGGAGGUCAAGGAAGGAGAGAGGAAAAUCUACCUGGCCAUUGAGAGUACCAAUGAGAUGUCAGUACAGAAGGCAAAAGCAGAGAUCAAACGGCUGAUCAAGGAAGAGCUGGUCAGACUACAGAACUCCUACCAACCACUCAACAAGGGCAGGUACAAGGUCAUGUAGUCAGGAGCCCCCCUUUCCCAGAGAACUGAACAAGGACAGAUACAAGGUCAUGUAGUCGGGAGUCUCCCUCCCCCUUAUAAUGAACAAGGACAGAUACAAGGUCAUGUAGUCAGGAGUCCCCCGUAGAACUGAACAAGGACAGAUAUAAGGUCAUGUAGUCAUAAGCCCCUCCCCCUUACAACUGAACAAGGACAGAUAUAAGGUUGUAUAGUCAGGAGGCCCCCACCCCCCCUCACAGAACCAACAAGGUCAGAUACAUUCAUACUUCCUCCAGAGAGCCUUGUAAAACCAGAUCACUAGAUGCAUGUUCAAUUGCAGUGUGUUCCAAAGAAUAAGUACUAGUAAUAUUAUAUCAAGGUCCUAUAUAAUGUUACAUGUAGCUGCUACAUAUCUGGCUAGGUUUCCAAACCAUAUGCAUUCAAGUAAUAGAUACACUUGUCAUGGUGUAGAGUUAUAGCAUUACAUUUGUACAUGUAUGUCAUGAUGUAAUGCAAUUGUUAUUGUUACAUUCUUUGCCUAAGAGAAACAAGUUACCGGUAUGUCAUAUCUUUUCCCUGUUGUUUUCAUCAGGAGUAACAAAGUUAACGUUACAUAUAAGAUGUCUUGAUGUUCCUUUAAAAAGAAAAACUUGAUAGCCAACUGCUCAUUUUGUACCAUGUACAUGUACUGUAAAUUAUAGUGGGUGUACUUUGUGUCAAGUGUACAAAUUUUCCAGUGUAGUUUCUUGUAUUAUUCAUCAUGUUGCUUGCUUAGUUCAUUUUUGCAGUGGCUUUUUCACAUUUUCUGGACCAUUUGUGCAAAGUGACACAUCUGGCUGGCAAAAUUGCACCACUUUAGAGAAACAUGAAGCGAGGAAAAAUGUUAUGUUACAAUGUACAACAGAUCAAAUCUGCUUGAAGAUGAAAAUCCACUUACAGUCCUGUCCAUUACUACAUGGAAAAUUGUGAAAGUUGUUUUUACUACUUUGGUGAAAUGCUCUGCCCUAGUCUACAUGUAGAAUGUGUUGUAGAAUCAUACAAAUUUUGUGUUAUUUCCAUUAUUCUAUGUGGUAAGAAUUUGUAUUUUGAUCUCAAGAUUUUUGAAUGUGUAUUUCAUGAGCCUAGUAAGAGAAGUUUGCCACCUUAUAAAGAAAUAAGACUUAAUCAUGAUUGUCAUACCACCAAGUAUUAAAUCAUUGAAUCAGAUGUAUAUGUGCGAGUUAAAUAUUGUGAGACAGUACAGUACUAACUUCACGUGUGGAGCAUGUACUUUAGUGUGAAGGGGUUAGAAUGCUUGUCAGAAAUGGCAGAUCUUAGGGUGCUGCAUGUUGAAUAUCUAUUUGUGAAAUUACCAGUGGUUGUUAGGGUACUGGACUAAAUGUCUUUUUCUUAUUCAUAGCGUAAAAGUUAGAGUAUUAUACAGUCCUCACACUGCAAGUGUAUUUUGUAAAUUGAUUUGGGAAAAUGAAUUCAACUUGCAGCAUCCUUUAACUGUACAUGUAGCUCAGUAGGACUUGUCAGAAUCUUAAGGUUUCUGGUCUGGCAGAAAUUUUGUUGGAAAUGAGGAUUUCUCCUUGCUUUAUUAUGUAAAUAAAGGCUUUCUAAACUGCUAUAAAA